CGCUUUCGCGCAUGCGUAGUGCCGGGGUCCUCGCGCGGUCCGUGAGGAGAGGACAAAGGCGGGAGCUGGGAAACGACGGGCGAGCCGCAGCGCUCCGCGUUACUUUUACAGCGUUACAUUCACCCUCAACGCGUUACUUGUACAGGGUUACAUUCGCCCUCAACGCGUUACUUUCACCGCGUUACACUUACAAUCAUCCACCGCGUUACUUUUCACGGCGUUACGUUCACACUGACCGCGUUGCGCUCACGCGCACCGCCUUCCAUUUAACAGCGUUACACUCACCCAGAGCGUUACAUUUACGUUACAUUUACGUUACCGUGCCAACAGAGCCAACCGCGUUACGUUAACCUCGCCACCGUGCCAGCAGUUAAAACAAAAACCGUGCGUAUCUUGCGUUAAGCAGUGUCGGAACUGCGUUACUUUUUUUUUAUCACCAGUCGCCCCUCGGGAUGCGAUUUUGUUGGUAAACGCCACUCGUAGCGUUAACGAGGAAGCUGCAGCGUCAACUCUCGCCGGGAGAAGAGUGAAGAAGAGACGGACGGCUGUUGCACACCCGGCACUAAACGUCGGCGAACAGCGACUGCGUUCGGGGGGUGGGGGGGGGGCUUUGUUCGCCGCCGUGCCAUUGUUGAGGCGGUCUCGAGGCGUCAUGACGGAGGACAAGAAGAAGCUGAUCAAUGUCCUCAUCCUGGGCUUCGCCUUCAUGUUCGUGUUCACCGCCUUCCAGACGUGCGGCAACGUGGAGCAAACGGUCAUCAAUAACCUAAGCACAAACUUCAGUGGGAGUGGCUACACGAGCCUUGCCAUCAUAUAUGGCGUGUUCUCAGCUUCCAACAUCCUCGCCCCGUCCGUUGUGGCCGUGCUGGGGCCUCGCUGGUCCAUGGUGCUGGGAGGCAUCGUCUACAGUGCCUACAUUGCCACGUUCAUCAAGCCGAUGGCGUGGUCGUUCUACACUGCAUCGGUGCUCAUAGGGAUUGCCGCUGCAGUGCUGUGGACGGCCCAGGGCACCUGUCUCACGGUCAACUCUGACGCCACCACCAUGGCCAGGAAUAGCGGCAUCUUCUGGGCUCUGCUGCAGUUCAGCAUGGUGUUUGGGAACCUGUAUAUUUACGUGAGUUGGAAAGGAAAGAAACACAUCUCCGAUAAGGAUCGUCGCGUGCUGUUCACGGCCCUCACCGUCAUCAGCCUGGUGGGGACACUGGUGCUCGUGCUGGUGCGGAAAUCUGGCACCCAGGACUCGGCACUUAGCGACGCGGGCGAUACAGACGAGCCCUGUGACCAAAACGAGACGACCCCGCAAAGAGAAACUCCACAUGGCCCAUUACAAGCUCUAAAGAAUUCUGUGAAGCUUUUCUUCACCAGGAACAUGCUGCUGCUGAGCGUGUGCAUGGCCUACACGGGGCUGGAGCUGACCUUCUUCAGUGGUGUGUACGGCACCUGCAUCGGUGCCACCAACCGCUUCGUGACGGACGCCAAGGGCCUCAUCGGCCUCUCCGGCAUCUUCAUUGGUGUUGGCGAGAUCACAGGCGGAGGUUUAUUCGGGCUGCUCAACAGGAAUAACCGCUUUGGGAGAAACCCUGUGGUGCUGUUGGGCAUGGUGGCUCACAUCAUCGCCUUCUUCCUCAUCUUCCUCAACAUUCCGGAUGAUGCUCCCGUCGUCGGAGAGGCCGGCUCCAACAAAAUCGGCUUCAUGAAUCCCAGUGUCGAGGUGGCGAUGCUGUGCAGCUUCCUGCUGGGCUUCGGAGACAGCUGCUUCAACACGCAACUGUACAGCGUGCUAGGCUACAUGUAUGCCGACGACAGCGCGCCCGCGUUCGCGGUCUUCAAAUUCGUCCAGUCUAUCACGGCCGCGAUCGCCUUCUUCUACAGCAACUACCUGCACCUGACGUGGCAGCUGCUGGUGCUGGUGGUGACCACGCUGCUGGGCACCGGCUCGUUCAUGGUGGCGGAGUGGCAGGCGAGCGUGCCGUCGCACGUGGGAUACGGGCGCAUAUGAUCCCGCCGCGGGCUCACGGACGCCGACACGAGAGUAACCCGAUGGGCCGCACCUUGGAAGUCGCGAUUUUCAAUUCCAAGCUUUGUAAACGUCGGGGGAGGACUUUUCACAACACGCGUUUUCGUGAUCAUCGAGGGUACUUGGGAAGGUCGAAAAAGCCGAUUGGGCAUGCCUUUUGUUGUUUCAGGGUGAAGUUAAUGAAAACUGUGGCAAAGUGAUUUGGUUUCAAACACCACUUUAAAAAAUCUGAACACCAGUUCCCAAAAGAAGCCUUUUUUUUACAUAAGGGAAUUAUAUCUUUAAUUUGUUUGUCCAUUUUAAUUAUGUUGUUGUUAUCUAGUUAAAGAUGACUUUUAUCUUUAAAAAAUCGUGACUGUUGCACUGCUGAUGUAGCCUUGCUGUGUAUAGCGCGCGGUUAUCACCUCUGAGGUAGAGCCAUGACUGGGAGGGAAGGCAGAGUUGCCUCUUGUCCCAUCCGCGUGAUCCCGGUUGAAUUCGGGAAUUGUACACUGCUGUCGCUUCGCACCCCUGGAGCUAUUGGGCACCUCGCACGAGGCCCACUGGAACGAGAGUGGAUAUCAGGCAAGGAAGGUUUCCCGCAGGUCACCUUGGCCUCGAUAGAGAGCUCCCCCCUCCGGCGGCGGUUCCGGUGAGACGCGGUGCAGGACACCCACAACCAUGCUCCACGUUUUGCGAUUUUAUGCCAAUCCCCACCCCCCCCCCCCAAGUGUUUCCAGGCCAGGCUGCGAUGGCAGCGAGCGAAUCCUGAAUAGGGAGACAGUAUUGUCUGCGUGGUGGACAAGUCUCCCAUAAUCGGAACCCGACUGGCUGUGGCUACAGUGCAUAAGAGUAUUCAGUGAACGGGCAUUUUAUCUAAAGUAUAAAUAGAAUGAGGAAAUGUUUUUCAGUGUAGAAUUCUACAGGGGCUCUCCAGAGCUCCCAAUGGUUUAAGCCCUUCUGCCAUCCGUGGUGUGUGAAUUUUUUUGCAGGCCUGCACCUUGAACCUUUAUUCUUGGGAAGAAGAAAUAUUGCCUUCUGCAAAACAUUUAACUGGGUUGCGCCACUGAUGCCUGGUUCGGGGGUGCACAUUGAGCAGAUAAUAGUCUUCCCCCACGUCACUCGCCUCGCACUGCAGGGCUCUCCUGGACAUUUCGUUGCACACCAAACAUUUUCCUCAACCCGGCGAGAAAACCUUGCACCGCUACAAGGCAGAGGUCAGAGCCAGAUUCACUCCAGAAUAUUAAGCCAAAGCACUCCGCAUUAAAGAGUCUCGUGCAGUUGGGGCAGGUGUCAGGGUUGGAGGCUAAGGCUGUAUUGCCACUGAACCCAGGCCUUCUGCAAACUGGAUAAUUCAUUAUAAGGCACACUACAUCCAGUGUAACCUCCCCCCCCCCCCCCCCACUAUGGCUACUACGAGUCGCAUGCCACUCCAGUCUGGCGGAGACCCGGAAAAUAUUCGGUGAGAUAUUUAACCCCCCACCCACUGUGUAAUUCCCCGUGCUUUAUAAAGUUUGUGUCUUAGAAGGAAGGAAUCUGCUGGCGCAAAGUGAGGGGGGCCCGUCUGGGGUGGCGCAACCGCGAGAGCCCUGCGGCCCGUAUGGGCCACGUUUACUCAAUGCCGUCGCUCCACUGCGCGAGCCGUUACCAUGGUGCGGUAUGGCAUGGCGGCGCGAUUUAUGUUGUACAUUUUGUUGUAUUUUUAGUACUACUACGGUGAUAAGUAGUAAAAUAGUAAAAUUUUGGGUGGACACGGCACGUGCCGAUGAGCUGAGCCAUGCACUAUUUUUAUCUCCGGAGCCAGCACACACACACACAUGGACAGGUGGUGACAGCAGCUGCUGGUUGGUAGAAAUAUUUGCGAGUUUUUUUGUUUUAUUUUAGCCAACGAUGACUUGGGUGGAUGAAAAUCACCAAGCAUGUGACAAUGACUACGACUACUCGCCAAAGACUGCGACGGGACCAAAUUAAUGAGCGAAUGAAGACGCAGAUGUAAGAUUAUUUAGGAACAUGUACAAGUAUCAUUAAUUGACUGAAAACAUCUGAAUAAAUAGAGAACUGCAGAGCUUUGGAAACUGUUGGUGCUAGUUCACCACCUGGCUGCUGCCUUUCCGCUCGUAUGUGGCUUUUCAGCAAUUGCAAGAUGCAAUUUGCGCAAACGACGAGGAAGAUACCUAUAUUAAACGAGAUCCAACUGAUACUUUACAACGCAAGACUUCUGCAAUUAUUGCAAAUUCAGUAAUCCCCAAGACUGAGUAUUACCAAAUUAAACCACGACCUCGAAACUACCAAGAUUGUAUGGGCUACCAAAGAUUCGUAAAAUCGGUAUCCCAUUACAAUAGCCUCUGCCACAUAAAUUAGCAAAAUAUGUAGCUAUAUAAAUACAGCCCUACAUCGGUAGGACAUCUUCAUUUAUAAUAAAUUCAGAACAUUUUGUGAAUGUGAUUACAGAUAUUAAACUUAACCCUCAUGAUA